GUAAACAAUAAGCUGGUCUGAGGAUCUCUCCUGCUGCCCCCAGUACCUCAAAGCACCCCGAUACCUGAGCCGCCCAGUCUGAUGACCCUCCGCCGGCCGUGGCUGCAUCCUGCCUGCACACAGCCGCCUGAUAUGUCCCUGGAUGCGGGGGCCGACCUUGUGCACUGUAACAGCCCCUCUCUGCGCUGCCAGGACCCCGCCAGUGGCCCCCAAUAAUAGAGGGAGCUGGGGGGACCUAGAUGGGGGUGCUGACCUCAGUGCUUGCUGCCUUGGAGAGAUAUCUGUGCCUACCAUUGAAAAUUGGACCAGUCAACCAGUACCAUGAAAUUCAUUGGCCUCUUGGAAAGCCAACGUCUUGCAUCACAGCUAGAGAAUGGCCUCCAGUCAGAAACCACCAAAUGGAAGGUUCCUUCCUUUCAAGGAUCCACCAUCAAGGGCACAGAUAUCUCUCCAUCGCUGUAUGAGCAGGCUGUGCUGUGGAUUGAAGAAUUAAGGUCACUCUUCCACUUUUAUCCGGAGACCUUUUUCUUGGCAGUCAACAUUCUUAACCGCAUUUUGGCAUCUGUGAAGGCCCAGGCAAAGUACCUUCGAUGUAUCUCUGUGACGUGUUUGUACCUUGCAGCCAAAGCCAAUGAGGAACGUGAGGUAAUACCAUUGGUGAAGGAUCUUGUAGAACAGAGUGAGUGCAUGUGUUCAUCUGCUGAGAUCUUGAGGAUGGAAAGACUUAUACUGGAUAAACUGCAGUGGGAUCUGUACAUGGCUACACCAGUGGACUUCCUUAACAUUGUAAGAAUAUGCAACUCAUAGGAGCAGUUUAUUAAAUACAACAGGAACACAUAUGCACAUGUCUGCUAAUGCCAAAUAAGGUCUAUGUUGUUGAAACUAUUUACCAGUCACCAAAUUAGUCUGAUGGUAAAAGAAAAGUGACUUUAUUUUUCU